UUUCAAUUUAUACUAAAAGAUGGCUAAAGCUAAGAAAACAAGAAAGUUUGCUCAAAUGAAGCGAAUGAUCAGUGCACAUGAUACUCGAUUAAAAGAAAAUAAAGAAAAACAAAAAAAGAAAGAAGAGAAAAAAGAAGAAAAGGCAGUUCGACAUGUUACUCAAGUUGCUUCAUCAAUGUUCUUUCAGUAUAAUUCAGCUCUUGGACCACCCUAUCAUGUUUUAGUAGAUACCAAUUUUAUUAAUUUUUCAAUUCAAAAUAAGCUUGAGCUUGUCAAGUCAAUGAUGGAUUGUCUCUAUGCAAAAUCUGUUCCUUGUAUUACUGACUGUGUCUUGGCAGAAUUAGAAAAGUUAGGUCCUAAAUAUCGUAUUGCGUUAAAAAUUGCACGUGAUCCUCGUUUUGAAAGACUCCCUUGUUCUCAUAAAGGUACUUAUGCAGAUGACUGUUUAGUUAAUCGAGUUAUGCAACACAAGUGCUAUAUUGUUGCUACUUGUGAUAGAGAUUUAAAGCGACGAAUUCGUAAAAUACCUGGCAUCCCUAUUAUGUGUAUUUCUAAUCAUAAAUAUGUUAUCGAAAGACUUCCUGAACUUGGUGUUAAUCCUAAAUAAAAGUAGAUAUUACAAAUUGUAAAUAAAGUAAUUGUAGUUUUUAUUACUCUUA